AUGGUUGAUAUCAUAGUUGGCAGAGGGCAUGAACAGAAGUCUUUUAUGGUGUACAAAGACCUCCUGUGUCACUACUCUGAGUACUUCCGAGGUGCAUUCGACGGGCAAUUUCGAGAAAGUGAAGAGAAGACGACCAACCUGCGUGAAGUAUCGGAGAGCACAUUCAGACUGUUCCAAUGCUGGCUCUAUGGCCAGGCUGCGAGAGUAGAGAUUACACCAGCUACCAAAAGGACCAAAAACAGCCAUGAAGGAAUGUAUCGCCGCAAGCCAAUCUUGAACGAAGUCCCUGCCUGGGUUGAUCACGAAGAAUUUCGUUCCAGAAGUAACCAACACGGCAAAAUCCUUCUGAAGCUGUACAGACUCGGCGAUAUGUAUGACAUCCCACAGCUGAGGCGUGACGUGAUGACGCUUCUCGCUGCAUUAAGUGGCCUUCAUUCCCUCUACAGAAACAAAGGGUCACAUCUGGUGCUCAACAUGAACAAGCUUCAUGCACAUCUGCCAUCAAGUUCGCCUUUCCGCAAGUACGCUGUAAAAGAAGCAGCGUUGUUCUGGGAUUUUGGCAAAGCGGAGGUGAAAGUGGUCCGGGAUAGGUACCCUGUCGAACUACUUAUUGAGAUCCUCCAAGCUCGCGAGCCCGUCCUAUUGGAAGAUCGUCGAACGGAAUUGAUCAUGGAGCAGUUGGACUGCUGCAACUAUCAUGAGCAUAAGAGUGACGAAGAGUUCGAUGAUUGCAGAGCAGCUCAAGCUGAAGACGGUCCGUUCUACGCAAGUUUCCUCCGGGCCUGUUUGAAAGAGGUGGAGAAAACUAGGGAGGCUUCUAAAUGA